AUGGGAAUAGUACAUCGAGAUUUACAUUCCGACAAUAUACUUAUACAUCAAAAUUCAAUUAAAUUAGUAGAUUUUGGAUUAAGUAAACCUAUCGAGAGUAUUAGUGCUAAAAUCUGCAUCAAAAUAAUUGGCGUUCUUCCAUAUAUUGAUCCCAAAGGAUUUGGUAGUACAAGGAAAAACAAAGGAACAACUGAAAAGGUUAAGGAUGUUGUUGAAGACACACCUAAAGAACAUUCUGAACUUUAUACAAGAAAGAGAAAAUUUUUUACACCAUCAAAUCCAAACUCCCAAAAGAUUAAGAUUAUUAAAGGUGAUAAAGAUGAGGAGGAUAAAAAUUCUCUUGGUGAAAAACAAAAACAGGAUCUAGAAUAUGACAAAGGGUUGAACUCGGACUCAAUCAUAGUAGUCGAUCAUGAACCAAAAGUGAACGACACAGUGGUAGAAGAGAUUGUGGAGUUAUUUAUAAGGAUAACGAAUGAAGGCAAAUCUCGUGAUUAG